AUGGCGAGACUACGGACCGGUGGGAUAGCAGUUCAGGCCGUGACAACCUUCUCCAGUCUCCAGGGCCGCGCCAGUGGUGGCGGCGACAGCUUCGGAGGGCCGGGCGGAGUGGGCGGCGGUGGAACGGGGCCGGCACUUGGAUCCGCCCAAGAAGAGGCUUUGGUCGCGGAACGGAAGGAGGCGAGAAACCGGCAUCCAGGUCCGACCUUGGAAGGAAUUGGCGAGCGUGGGCCUGCAUCAUCGGCCAUGCUUGCUCUAAAGACACACAAGGGGGGUCCGUCGUUGGUGAGUCCGCAUAUCUGCAUCGGCGCAAGAGAAGACGCGAAGAACCUCGAAGCCCUGAAGGAGCUGGGGGUCACCCACAUCCUCAACUGCGCCAAACAGCUGCCGAGUUCACACCCCAGGGAGUUCGUUCACGCACGGCUGGAGCUAGCAGACACAAGCGAGCAAGAGCUGGCACCGUUUCAGAAAGCUGGGAUCUCGUUUCUCCGACAGGUCGAGGACUGCGGCGGCCGUGCUCUCGUACACUGUAUCGCGGGGUGCUCUCGUUCGGUAUCGAUGGUGCUGUUGCACCUUAUGGAGGGCCAUCGGAUCCGACUGAAGCUCGCAUACGAGCACGUCAGAUCCUAUCGCAUGGUAGCUCAGCCCAACGAGGGGUUUCGAUUCCAGCUGGCGACUACCGAGGUGAAGAUAUUCGGCUCGUCUUCCGUCAGCCGGGAUGCGGACAGCACAUGGAACUUCUACCGGUGGAACGAAGUCAAGCAGGGGGUCCCUUACCAUGCCACUGAGCCUCCGCAGUCCUGUUGCGGCUGCACCAUGGCGUAA